CGGAAAACUAUAUUAUACUCGUCUUUCCCCGAUUUGCAGCUUGCAACCACGGAGUUUCCUAAUCAAGAACCGGAUCAAGGCCCUUCCCUCAGAAAGACGGGAAGGGGCAAAAUAGAAAUCAAACGGAUCGAAAACACUACUAAUAGGCAAGUCACCUUCUGCAAGCGUCGUAAUGGAUUGCUCAAGAAAGCCUAUGAAUUAUCUGUCCUCUGUGAUGCUGAAGUUGCUCUCAUUGUCUUUUCUAGUCGAGGCCGUCUCUACGAGUAUGCUAAUAACAGUGUCAGAGCAACAAUUGAUAGGUACAAGAAAGCCAGUGCAGACUCCUCAAAUCCAGCAUCUGCUUCUGAGGCUAACACUCAGUUCUACCAACAAGAAUCCUCCAAACUACGCAGGCAAAUUCGGGAAAUUCAAAAUUUAAAUAGGCAUAUUCUGGGUGAGGCACUUAGCACCUUGACCUUUAAGGAACUUAAGAGCUUGGAAGGCAGAUUGGAGAAAGGAAUCAGCAGAGUUAGGUCCAAAAAGAAUGAAAUGCUAUAUGCUGAAGUUGAGUACAUGCAGAAAAGGGAGAUUGAGCUGCAAAAUGACAACAUGUACCUGAGAGCAAAGAUAGCUGAAAAUGAGAGAGCACAGCAGCAGCAAACAAACCUAAUGCCUUCAGGUUCUGUCUACGAAUCUGUGCCUUCGCAGGCAUACGAUCGGAACUUUAUCCCUGUGAACCUCCUGGAACCCAAUCACCACUACUCUCGCCCAGACCACACUGCUCUUCAACUUGUGUAACUUAAGAUGGGGCUGGCUCUGCUGCUCCUGCCUUCCUACUUGCCAAAGUGAUGAGGGAAGGCCUUUUACAGUUUAGUCUUGUAGAAACGUUAAUAUUGAAAAUCAAGUCUUGUAAGAUGCUUCCAAAUACUAGUGCAAAGAACGUAGUUAAUUUCUAAACCAGUUAGGGCUUCUUGUCCAUAAUAUCUUAUGCCUCUUGACAAUUGUGUACAGCUACUGCGACUGCAUGCACCAAUAUUAUUAAGUCCUUUUUGUUAA